UCGUCGCACGGUAUAAUACUAUCAUCAAUAAAUUACUAUUCAUGACCUUAAAAUAUGUGCAGGUCUCAUUCUUAUAUACAAUAAUCACGCCGUUUCUAUUAUGGCAACGACAAAACAUCAUCGAAUCGAUGAAAAAGUUCUUUGUUUCUUUCUUGAAAUCCAUUUUUGGAUUCCACUAUAAAAGAGUUGAAGUGACUUUAGGUGGUCUUUAAUACUGUGAACUUCAAUCGAGCAACACACAGUUUUUUUUCUUCAGAAAAACCUCUUUGAUUUGAAUCGUUGUAGGAAUUGAUUGUAGAGUGAGAGUUUUGAAUAUUAAAAAAAUGAAAAGUACUGUUGACCUCAUUGGAUGUUCAUCAUCAAGAUCCCAUCGUCCAAAAUACGUGAAACAAUCACCAAGGUCUAGCAACAAUAGUUUCUCCAAUGGACACAAUCGUAAAAAUCAAUAUGGCAGGAAGUCGUUUGAGAAGAAGGACGUACCUAUGUACAAAAUACCAAACCUUAACCAUACCGAUUAUGCUUAUCGAGAAGCAGUAAACAGGUUAAAGUCGAUGUUAGUUGAUUCAUAUAGUGCUACAAAACAAAAUAUUUUUCGCCCUGGAAUUGAGUCUGAUGACGCGAACGAAAUUUUGGUGGUGAAGAGACCUGAUUUAUCAGAAAUCUCCAAAUAUAUACCAUCAUCUGGAUUAUCUCGCUGCUUUAAUUCACAUUUGAACUAUACUACCGCAGCCCAAAUAAAAGUUUUGAAAACAUCCGAUUCGAUUAUAAGUCUUCAACCUGAAAGCCAAUUGGCUACAGCACCCAUCUCUUCUGUACCUAAGCCAAACAAUGACUUGCUUCAAUUCAUUGAAAAACAAGAAGGUUAUAUCGAACAACUAGAACGCGAGUCUCAAUUUUGUCGGGGUGAGCUGAAUAAUAUUCUGAAUAAAGUUAAAGAUGUCAUUAAUGAAAAUGAAGCUUUGAGUGAACAAACAAAACUAGGUACAAUCACCUCGGACACUUCAGAUAGUGGAAGUAAUGACUUGAAUUAUAGAAAACAACCAGAAGAACGACACGAAAAAACUCCAUUGUACGGACCCAAUAUCGUUUUUGAAUCAAGAAUCAGUGAACUUGAAGCACAGUUAGCUCAAGCUGAAAUUGAUAUUAAGAGUCUGUCACAAGAAACCAACACUUCCGAAGUAUAUAAACGACAAAUUGAAACUUUGCAAAGAGACAAAAAGGAACUUGAAGACACUGGCCGAAAAUUACAAUGUUUGGUGGACUCGUUGAAGGCAACCGAUGCUCAAAAUUUUUCAAAUUCUUUGCGGUCACGAGAUAUUGCAGAACAAAGCGCUUUUGAUAAAGCGCAUUCUGACAUGGAAAUUCGUCGAUUACGAGAUGAACUUGAGAGACAACAUGCCCGCGUUCGCGAAAUGCAACAUGAAAUGACAAAAAAAAUUGCUGAAGAACGUUCCUCAGUUGAACGACGUUAUAAUUAUCAAGUUGAUCAGCUAGGUGGAGACCUAAGCAAUCAGUGGGAAACUGCAUCGCGUUUGCAACUAGAGCUAGAGCGUCAAAAACGAGCUGAAGCGGACUAUCGAAGAGAUUUAGCACAAAAAAAUUCACAAAUAGAGGAUCUUAGAUCUGAAAUUAAACAGAAAACAGCAUCGCUUCUUUCAGAUAUCGCACAAGUGAAUGCUGAAAAACAAUCCCUAGAACAAGAAAUAACGUCACUAAGAUUACAGCUUGAGCGCGCUGAACGCCAGUCGAAAGUUGAAUCAUCCAGGUUAAAUGCUGAGGUCGUGUCAUUACGUCAGCGAUUAGAUCGUGCUGAUGCCGACUUACUUCAAUCAAAACGCGAGAACUUACGAUUAAGUGACGAAGUUGCAGCUUUAGACAAAGAAAUUGCAUUGAGCGAUUUGAAUAGAGAAACCAGACCAAGCAAAGAGCUUACAAAAUUAAUGUCAGAUAUGGAAGCUAAACACG